GGGCGUGUAUGAGUGAGUAAAUGAAUGUGUCUUUGAGUUUGUGUCGAGUAUAUAAUAGUUAUAUUCAUUCGGGAACAAGUCAUCACUUAUAGAGGAUCCUUACAUGCACACUGCACUGAAUCACUCAGACUGUUAACUCAAAACUUUACUGUGAGACGAGAUGGUGCAGAUUAAGAAGAUUUGCUGUAUAGGAGCCGGAUAUGUCGGUGGGCCAACAUGUAGUGUAAUUGCCAGCAUGUGUCCUGAAAUAUCAGUCACAGUGGUGGAUGUGAAUGAGUCCCGGAUCAAAGCCUGGAACUCUGACACACUGCCCAUCUAUGAGCCGGGUCUGAAUGAGGUGGUGCUGUCAUGUCGUGGGAAAAACCUCUUCUUUUCCACCGACAUUGAUUCUGCUAUUAAACAGGCGGAUUUGGUCUUCAUUUCUGUAAACACACCUACUAAGACAUACGGUAUGGGCAAGGGUCGUGCUGCCGACCUGAAAUUUAUUGAGGCGUGUGCGCGGAGAAUCGUGGAGGUGUCGGACGGCUAUAAAAUCGUUACUGAGAAGAGCACAGUACCGGUUCGUGCAGCUGAGAGCAUCCGCAGGAUAUUUGAUGCGAACACGAAACCCAGUCUCAAUUUACAGGUUCUCUCCAACCCAGAGUUCCUCGCAGAGGGAACGGCAGUGAAGGACCUGAAGGAACCAGAUCGUGUCCUGAUUGGUGGAGACGAGACUCCAGAAGGUCAAAGGGCCAUCAGUGCUCUCUCUGCAGUUUAUGAAAACUGGGUCCCCAAGUCCCGCAUCAUUACCACCAACACCUGGUCCUCAGAGCUUUCCAAACUGGCGGCAAAUGCGUUCCUAGCCCAGCGAAUCAGUAGCAUAAACUCCAUCUCUGCUCUGUGUGAAUCUACUGGUGCUGAUGUUGAGGAGGUGGCAAAAGCCAUCGGCAUGGAUCAACGAAUUGGAAGCAAAUUCCUUAAAGCCAGCGUGGGUUUCGGGGGAAGUUGUUUUCAGAAGGAUGUGUUGAAUUUGGUAUAUCUAUGUGAAGCGUUAAAUCUUCCAGAAGUUGCUUCAUAUUGGCAACAGGUUAUUGACAUGAACGAAUAUCAGAGAAAGAGAUUCGCGUGUCGAAUCAUUGACUGCCUGUUCAACACCGUUACAGGAAAGAAAAUCGCCCUGUUAGGCUUUUCUUUUAAAAAGGAUACAGGAGAUACAAGGGAGUCAUCCAGCAUCUACAUCUCUAAGUAUCUAAUGGACGAAGGAGCCAAGCUGCAUAUUUAUGACCCUAAAGUGCUGAAGGAGCAGAUAAUGCAGGACCUGUCUCAACCCAGCAUAUCUGGAGACAACCCUGAGAGAGUAUCUGAUCUGGUAACUGUGACAAAUGACCCGUAUGAGGCAUGUGAAAGCGCACACGCACUGGUCAUCUGCACUGAGUGGGACAUGUUUAAGGAUCUGGACUAUGAGAAAAUAUAUCACAAGAUGCUUAAACCUGCAUCUAUCUUUGACGGUAGACGAGUCCUGGACCACCUGCAUGUCCAACUCCAGAACCUCGGCUUUCAGAUCGAGACUAUUGGAAAGAAGGUGACCACCCGGAUUCCUUUCACGCCCUCCGGAGGAGUGCCGCGUCUCGAACCGCCCUGCAAAAAACCCAAAGCAUAAGACACCAACACGCACUUAUGCACACACCUGCAUGUGCAUUGUACACUGAUUAAAAUAAUUUGCUGAGAAAACAAAUGUGUGACCCCAGACACUUCUGUCUUGAGUCAUGCACAUGCCGUGUGUAGGUUUAUUAAUCUGACUGGUGUUUGGAAUGUUUUUACGUGACUGGCUUCUCUCUCAUGGCUGUUUUGUCUGUGAAUGCAGACAGUUAUGUCAUCUUUUAAACAUGUAAUCGUUUAUUUUAGACCACAAUUGUAAACAUUUUUUGUGUUUUAGAGGUAUUACCUGCACACAGAACUGAUCUGUUUGAUGCCACACAACUAUUUAGUAGUGCAGUAUUGUUUACAUGUUAAAUUGUCAGUGUUAUUGGUUUAAAUAACAGAAUCACGUUUUUGAAUUUUUGGCACAAGGACAUGGAACUUUUAUAUCGGGAUCAAGUGGCAGAAUUCAAACAGCUGUAUAUUCACUGUGAAUUCAGUUUGUGAUUGUAUUGGGCAAGUUACUUAUGAAGUCACCAAUCAUUCAAUCAUUCAUUUCUAUAUACAUUGUAUGGCUGUGUAUGUUAAUGUAGAAUCUCAGUUUUAGCUUUUAUAAAACAUGUACUGUACAGAUUUGUAAUGGUUAUGUACAAUGCUCACAGAACUGAACUGAUUUCUUAAAUAAAUAUGGACCAACAAAAAGAA